AUGGUACGAACAUCGAGCAGAGCCUGUAGUAGAGAACGACGAUGUAAAACUUUUAUGGAUUUUAAUAUCCAGACAGACAAGGUCAUUGAAGCUAGACGACCAGACAUCGUUCUCUUAAAGAAGAAGGAAAAGGAAUGUCUCAUCAUAGAUAUUGCGAUUCCGGGAGACUGCAGAGCUUGGCGUAAAGAGGAGGAAAAGAUACAGAAGUAUAACGAUCUGGCAUGGGAGCUGAGAAGGAUAUGGAAGGUGAAGACGAAGGUGGUACUAAUAGUCAUCGGAGCCUUAGGAACAGUGACAACAAGACACAGAAGCUUUCUGGCUGUUCUAGGAGUCGAGGUGUCCUUUGAAACGAUACAGAAGGCAAGCUUGCUUGGAACAGCUCAUAUCUUACGGAAGGUCUUGAAUUAG